AUGAAUAUUGCUCGGACUUCCAUCGCAGCCACUAGCCCUACAGCUCAAAUUCGAGCGAAGCCGGUCACGCAAUUGCGUUUCAAACCUGUGAUGUCAGAAUCGAAGCCUGCUCAAGUUUUACAGUUGGAACCUGCUAAGGAGCUGGUUUUCCAAGUUGAAAGUGUUUGGAUUAUUUUUGCGCUUGAUCCAGACAUUGUUUGCUGUCGUGAUCAUCGAUUUAACGAUGAUCUUCUUAACGGUUGUUUCACCUUUGAUGGCGAUGUGCAUAAAUUUUCACGAAGCCCUUUCACUGACAUUGUCAAUGCCCAUCUGCAAUUGAAGAACCCAACGGAAAAACCAGUUUGUUUCAAAGUAAAAACAACUGCUCCGAAGCAAUACUGUGUACGCCCUAACUCAGGUGUUUUGCCGCCAAGCAGUUCCAAAACCAUCACAGUCAUGUUGCAACCGAUGGAUGGUGUUCCUACUGACGUAGGUCGUCACAAGUUCAUGGUUCAGACUUGUUUCUGCCCUCCUGGUGAGGUAGAUCUCGAUAAUAUUUGGAAGACGAUUUCUCCUAAUGAGCUUAUGUACAGCAAAUUAAUGGUUGUAUUCCAACAACGUACAGGUGAACAUGCAGGCGCAAUCAAGGAGGAAGCCCCAUCUGCUGUCGGUUUUACAAGCCCAAUGAACGCAGGUAACGCCCGAGCAUCUGCAUCUCCGGGAGGAAAUCGUGUAGCGGAACUUGAGGAGAAAUUAAAGAGUGAAACUGAAUUACGGUUGAAGUCAGAAAAAGAUCGUGUAUUGCUUCAGCGCGAUCUCGAUGAAUUAUUUAGUAAACAUGCUAAGCUUCAGCAAGCUAUGCAGUCUCCUGAUAGUGGCAUGCCAACGUUACAGGUGAUUUUGCUGGCAAUCGCAGCUCUGCUGGUCGGUCUGAUCGUGGGCAAGCUGUUCUAA